AUUCGACCCAUGAAUGAGUUAAAAGCUACCCCUCCCAAAAUAAUAGAAAAUCUCAGGUGAUCCUAUCUGAGUUUGGACUUUAGAGUACUUCAAAUCUAAAAAUUUCUUUUUUUGAAAAAAUAAAUAGAAAAAACAAGAAAGCAUGGUUAAACGUACGUGCGUACGUACAUCCUUGUUUUGAAGUUCUAUAGCUGUAUGCAUUCUUUCGUUUCCCCAUCAAUCUCUCUCCACGCCAAACCUCUGGCUCUAAUCCAAACUCUCUAAAAUCUAAAUCCCUUCUCAUAAACUUCUCCAAUUCAAUUCAACCACCGCAAAAAAUAAUAACAAUAACACACCCACAACGUUUUCCCCAUUCUCCAAUUCUCCCAAGUUCGCCGUAAUGUCCUCCACAGGUCCGCCUGUCCUCCCUAUCUCCACUGUCCAGUCCACCGAAUCUCAGCCACCCAUCUCCGUCUCCGCAUUUCGCGCAUUCCUCUCUCGUCUUAAUGAUUCCUUUCGCAAUGGCAUCUCCCAACGCCGUCCCUGGCCUGAACUAACUGAUCGCUCUGCCUUCUCCAGGCCUGAGUCUUUCUCCGAAGCCACUCUUCGUAUUCGCAAAAAUUACUCCUACUUUCGAAUUAAUUAUCUGAUGGUUAUUGGUUUCACUCUUGCAUUUUCGCUUCUUUCCCACCCCUUUUCCCUUCUCCUCCUUCUAGGCCUUCUCUUCUCUUGGGUCUUCAUGUACCUCUUCCGCCCCGCCGACCAGCCUCUAGUCAUCUUUGGCCGCACCUUCUCUGAUCGCGAAACCCUUGGAAUCCUCAUCAUCUUAAGCGUCUUCGUCAUCUUCCUCACCUCCGUUGGAUCUCUUCUCAUUUCCGCUAUUAUGGUUGGGUUCGGUCUCGUUUGUGCUCACGGUGCCUUUAGGGCCCCUGAAGAUCUGUUCUUGGACGAGCAAGAACCCGCUAACACUGGCUUCUUGUCCUUCCUUGGUGGUGCUGCCUCCAAUGCCGCCGCUGCCGCUGUUCCUGCUGUUUCUGCCACUCGUAUCUAAACCUUAUCCAAGGAUCGCUCUUUCUCAAUCUCCUUAGCGAGGGGGUGAGCCGAUGAGUGGGUGGCAUCCAUUGUAAAAGAGGAAUGGACUAAUGAAGUCUUUGAUUUGGAGCUCAUGAGAGAUACGCCAACCAUAAAUGAUGAGUUGCUUAACACAUUGAAACUAGCUCUGCAUUGCGUUGAUUUCUCACCUGCAGCAUGUCGUGGCGAUGAUGGUGCUAAAUUUGCAGCAACAAUUGAAUAGAUUUUCUUUAUUCGUUUACAGCAUUUUAGGGUGCAAAUGUAAUACAUAUGAUUAUAGGAGAAAGGGAAAGAGGGGUAUUCUUUCAUUCUUAUUAUUGUUUGUUGUUAUGUGUGGUUUUUUUGUAAAUGUAAAACAUAUCUAUUCUUUUUGUAUCAGGAGAAUAAUGUUGUUUUGCCUAA